CCAGUAAUAAUCUUAACAAUCAGUUUGUUAGUUGCUGUUUUUUUUUUACCGUCAAUUUUAGCUGCUAAGAUAAAGUUCAACAUCUCCUUCAAUUAGAUCGAACAAGAAGUGGAGAAAAUUCUAAGGAAACUUCAACAUAUCUUCUGCUCUGGUUUAUUUAUUUCUCAUUAUUGUUUCAAUGGGAAGGGAAGUUAAGGAUAUCUCUGUCAACGAAGAGCCAAACUCCGUUCGAGUACGUCAAAAUAAUGAUGUCCAUGACCGUGAUCUUAAAGAUUCAAAUCAGCAGAUCAAAGGAGAUCAUAAGUACUUGAAUGACAAAAAUGAAGCAAAGGAGUACGAAGUGAAGGAAUGCACAGAAGAUUACUCUAAUGAGAUCAAUGAGUCUGGUCACGAGGAGCAUGAAGAGGAAACGCUGAAUAAUGGCUCUGAGAAACCUGGCAGUAACACAAAAUUUAACUCGCGUUCCGCUGGAAAGGUGCGUUCACACUAUACUAUUCCCCAACCAUUUGAAUUGGCUACCGAAAAGCGUGCUUCAACUGUACGCCGUUCUGUUGGGGCUGAAACGGCUGCUACUGGCAGUGUCCCCAGCACGACAAUGAAGCCUCAGUAUACGCCAAAAAGGCAUGAUAAGAAAAAGUAUAGCGAUGGAGAAGAUUCUUUGUCUGAUACAUCUUCAGUUGCAACAUCAGUAAGAACAUCGAAAGGCAAGACAACUGUUGGGUCAGCUCCCACAUUUAGAUGCAGUGAACGUGCUGAGAAACGAAAGGAGUUUUAUUCAAAAUUAGAAGAGAAGCACCAAGCAUUGGAGGCAGAGAAACUUGAAGCCGAAGCUAGGGCGAAGGAGGAGCAAGAUGCAGCUCUCAGGCAGCUUAGGAAGAGCUUGGUGUAUAAAGCGAAACCAAUGCCGAGCUUCUACCAUGAAGGGCCACCCCCAAAGGUUGAACUUAAAAAGGUGCAACCAACUCGUGCCAAGUCACCAAAAUUUGGCCGAAGGAAGAGCUGUGGUGAUGCCGUCAGUUCAUAUCAGAGAGAAGAUAAAGGAGGAGCUAGUGCUCCACACAACCGACACAGUCAUGGCAGUAACAGAAAAGAUGCAUCGGUUGUGGAUAGAGAUCGGACCCAUAAUCAGAGUAGUGUGACCUGCGAAACAAAAGAUGAGUCCAACCAAGUUAGAGAGACCACAAAAUCUGAUUCAUCAUCCAGGAUGAUUGCAGAGGGCAAUCCGCAGAUUUCUGUUCAAUAGUCGGAAGGCAGUUAAUAGAGGCGAAGACCAAGGUUUUGGGUACUGAGUCUACUGACCCAGGCAACCAGAUAAGGUAUCUAAACAAACCCAAUGUAUUGCAUGGUAAUUUCAGAAGUGUUACAUGGUCAACCAACUUAUUGUUGCAGACUUGCACAAUCAUGUGUAGUGUACAAUUCAACUGGGCAUUACAUCCACCCUUAUUUGAUGGCUUUCCUUUAUCAACUUUAAUCUGUAACUGGGAUGCAGUAAUUAACUGUCCCUGAUAGUUUGCCUGCUUGCUUUUUUGCUGUUUGAUUUUUCUUUGAUGGAAAACUUUGUCUGUCA